AUGAUGGGCAUGAAGAUGAUGAUGGAAAUGUACUUUCACUUUCGAGUCGGAGAACCAAUUCUGUUUCGAGAAUGGACCCCUAAAGACAAUACCGGCUAUGUGUUCUCGUGCAUCGGAAUUGCAGCAAUAGCCAUUGUCCUUGAAAUACUGAAAUUCGGCAGGACGAAACUAAUCACGUCCAAACCAUUGAAAACUACAAACGUUUGUAAUUGCUCGGCGACAGACGAAUCAUGGGAAAUUCCUGAGAUUCGCCGGCCACUCACUGUUGGCAGCAAUUCGCAGUCGAUUGUCCCCUUUACGAAGAAAUCGAUUUCUGAUUGGAAACAUAUCAUCUCAUCGGCACUAUUUUUUGCCCAAAAUCUUAUCGAUUAUUCAUUAAUGCUUGUCGCAAUGACUUACAAUGUUCCAAUUUUUCUUUCUUUGUUAGCCGGGCAUACAAUUGGAUAUUUCUUCGUGGGCCCAAUGAUGACAUUUGAAGAAACUCAAAAUAUCAUUAUGGCUGACGAUGCUGCUGCUCAAGCUGGCGGACAAGCAAAUGACAAUGCCGAGUACAUCAAGAUCAAGGUUGUCGGACAGGACAGUAACGAAGUUCACUUCCGCGUGAAGUUCGGAACGUCGAUGGCAAAGCUCAAAAAGUCCUACGCCGAUAGAACCGGCGUCUCGGUGGCGAGUUUGCGGUUCUUGUUCGAUGGGCGUCGCAUUAACGACGACGACACCCCAAAAUCACUAGAAAUGGAGGAUGACGAUGUCAUCGAGGUCUAUCAGGAGCAGUUGGGUGGUGGUUUCUAA